UGUGAAGCUGCAACUUGUAAGCUGAAACCUGGUGCAAAGUGUGGAUAUGGCCAGUGUUGUAAGAAUUGCCAGCUUAGGCGAGCAGGAGCGGUAUGCCGGGCUGCAAAGCACGACUGUGACUUGCCUGAAUUGUGCACUGGCCAGUCUCCUCAAUGUCCCAUGGAUCGCUUCCGCAUGAAUGGGCACCCAUGCCAAAACAACAUGGGCUACUGCUACAUGGGGAAGUGCCCCACCUUGGCAAACCAAUGUACUGCUCUCUGGGGGCCAGGUGCAAAAGUGGCUGCAGAUUCGUGUUUUACGAUCAACCGGAAUGGGGUUUAUUACGGCCACUGCCGAAAGGCAAAUGGCACAUACAUCCCAUGUGAACGAAAGGAUAUAAAAUGUGGCAAGUUAUACUGC